GUUUUGAACCAUUCUGUCUAUUGCCAAUCUUAUGCACCAUCUUGUGUAUAUAACGUAAGGAAAUCCUUACAUUCACCACACAAAACGUCAAAAUUUCUCAUUCCAACAAUUCUUCUACAGACCAACUAUGAAGAUUCUUGCAGCUGUGCUUGCAAUUGUGCUGUCUUUGAGUUAUGCCCAAUCGCAGUUCGAUUCAUCUAUGGCAACAACGAGACUUGGAGAUGACGGAACUUCAUCGAUUACUCAAUACCAUAGAAACGAUAACCAGGGCAACUACGACUAUGGGUACAACGAGGGACACAAUGAGGGUGGGACCUUCAGGCGUGAGAGGGGUGAUGCAUUCGGUCGCAAAUUCGGCACAUACGGCUACACGAACAACGAGGGCCUGAUUAGAAUCGUCAACUACGUCGCAGACGAAAAUGGCUUCCGUGCUGAGCUCAAAUCAACGGAACCAGGAGUCGGCGAAAGAGAACCAGCUUCCGUCAUUGUUUUCAAGGAAGACACUCCCACCCUCAUGACGUAUCCAGGGCCAGAAGCAGCAUCUGUUCCAGAGUCAAAUGGCAACAUUCCGGGAGUGCCUCCUGUCCAACCCCAAUACGCACCUCCUGCCUUCGGAAGCCAACCAUUACAAUUUGCAGCUUCUGCAUCAGCACCCUACCCCGUUGCUGUUGCUGCAAACACUCCUCAACAGCCUGGAAGUGCCAGAGUGAUGGUGUCUGGACAGUAUGGUGGCUACUCUUACAAUUAUUAAGAGCUUUUGUAGAAGAAAUUAUUAAAGUUGUUGAAUUGAA